AUGAAAGCGCGUGGAGGCCGCAUAUAUUUGGAGAUGUUUGAUCAAUUGUCGACAGAAAAUAUGCAAACCGGGCUGAGGACGAGGAUCUGAGCCAAUUUAUGCUUGCCAUCGCUUUCUGUAUUUAAUUUGAUCUUUCAAGUCAGCAUCCAGUCAACUUUUGCUUCCAACUUCCAACUUCCAAAAAGGCUUUCUCGGCAACGUCCUCAGUUGCCAGUUGGUUUCUUGGAAAGUGGAUGAUCUUGUGGUUCAAGGAUAGCUACAAAUAAAUCCUCUUCGAGUAUAGACAUGAACAGUAACGAAGUUUGGUCAUAUAUGAUGGAAGAGACGUUUGGACUUACUCCCUCUCCUCCUCUCCCUGCUGCACGACUCUAAGAGAUAGAUACUGUCAUCUGUUUUGAAGAUUAGUCUACAUUGUUCUAUCUGAAGGUUCUGCCAAGUAACUAACCAGAAAAUAGAGGAAGAAGAUUCUGCUGUUAAGUUUUGCUUUGUUAAAGCAAGGAAGAACUCGAUCAGACGCUUAUAAGUUGGACAUAGAUCUCAAUCUCCUUGGCCGUAGUUCUCAAUCAGCGUCAUUUUCUGGAGAUAUUAUACAGUUACAGAUCAAUCGAAGAGAAACAACACGGUUGUUCUCGAUCUAUUUCUGCUCAAUUUCCUGGUUACUGAAGGAUGAGUCAUUCAACGGGCUCGCCAAACGAUGUGGAAGCCGGAAGCAACCGUUCCGGCGACGACGAGGAGUCGUCGAAUGUUUUUGAUAUUACCAGAACUAAGCAUGCUCCCAUCGACCGUCUCCGCCGUUGGAGGCAAGCGGCACUUGUGCUAAAUGCUUCUCGUCGAUUCCGGUAUACCUUGGACUUGAAAAAGGAGGAAGAAAAAAAGCAGACGUUAAGGAAGAUUAGAGCACAUGCACAAGCCAUACGAGCUGCAUUUCUUUUUAAGGAAUCCGUAACACAGGAAAAUGGAAUUUUGCCACCAAAACCAAGUUCUGCUGGUGAAUUUCCAAUUGGACAAAAAGAAAUAGCUUCAAUUUCAAGGGAUCAUAAUUUUACUACUCUGCAGCAAUAUGGGGGGGUCAAAGGCCUCGGAGAAUUAUUGAAAACAAGUUUAGAAAAGGGAAUUCCUGGAAGUGAUGAUGAUUUACUAAAACGAAAAACUGCAUAUGGAUCCAACACAUAUCCCCGGAAAAAACCAAGGAGUUUCUGGAGAUUUCUCUGGGAAGCUUGCCAAGAUCUUACUCUUAUCAUUUUGAUGGUAGCUGCUGUGGCUUCUUUAGCGCUGGGUAUAAAAACAGAGGGUAUAAAGGAGGGAUGGUAUGAUGGGGGCAGCAUUGCUUUUGCAGUUCUCCUAGUCAUUGUUGUGACAGCCAUUAGUGACUACAAACAAUCUCUGCAGUUCCAGAAUCUAAAUGAGGAAAAGAGAAAUAUACAAAUUGAGGUUAUCAGAGGUGGUAGACGUGUUGAGGUUUCAAUUUAUGAUCUUGUUGUAGGUGAUGUUAUACCCCUUAACAUUGGUGAUCAGGUUCCUGCUGAUGGGGUUUUAAUCACUGGUCAUUCACUUUCAAUUGAUGAGUCUAGCAUGACUGGCGAGUCCAAGAUUGUUCGCAAGGACUCCAAAGAACCAUUUCUAAUGUCCGGCUGCAAAGUAGCAGAUGGAAAUGGUAUAAUGCUGGUAACCAGUGUUGGGAUUAAUACUGAAUGGGGAUUACUCAUGGCUAGCAUCUCGGAAGACACUGGUGAAGAAACACCCUUGCAGGUGCGCUUGAAUGGGGUUGCUACCUUCAUUGGUGUUGUGGGACUCACUGUAGCUCUCCUCGUCUUAUGUGUCCUUUUGGUCAGAUACUUUACUGGCCAUACAACAAAUGCAGAUGGAACUACUCAGUUUGUUGCCGGAAAAACAAAAUUUGGGAAAGCCAUUGAUGGAGCCAUCAAAAUUGUCACUAUUGCAGUCACCAUUGUAGUGGUUGCUGUUCCUGAAGGCCUCCCCUUAGCUGUUACCUUAACACUUGCUUACUCGAUGAGAAAAAUGAUGGCAGAUAAGGCCUUGGUACGUAGGCUUUCUGCUUGUGAAACAAUGGGCUCGGCCACUACUAUAUGCAGUGAUAAGACUGGUACCUUAACUUUGAACCAGAUGACUGUGGUCGAGUCUUGUGCAUGUUUGAAGAAAGUCAAUGACUCUGAUGGCAAGCCAGACUUGUCACCAAAGAUAUCGUCUUUGAUUAUUGAAGGCAUAGCUCAGAAUACAACUGGCAAUGUUUAUGUGCCCGAGACUGGUGGUGAUGUAGAGGUUACUGGAUCACCAACGGAGAAGGCAAUUCUGCAGUGGGCACUCAAGCUUGGGAUGAAUUUUGAAGCCACCAGGUCUCAAUCUUCAAUUCUUCAUGUGUUCCCAUUCAACUCCGAGAAAAAACGAGGCGGUGUAGCAGUUAAAUUGCCAAACAAUGAAGUUCAUAUACACUGGAAAGGGGCUGCUGAAAUAAUCUUGGCCUCAUGCACAAGAUAUAUUGACGACAAUGAUCAGGUGGUAGCAAUGGACGACAACAAGCUUAUGCUUUUCAGGAAAUCUAUUGAGGAUAUGGCUGUUGGUAGUUUGCGUUGUGUUGCUAUAGCAUAUUUACCAUAUGAAUUGGAAAAUGUUCCAACUGGUGAACAACAAUUAGCUGAUUGGGCCAUGCCUGCAGAUGACCUUGUUUUACUUGCUAUUGUUGGUAUAAAGGAUCCUUGUCGACCAGGAGUCGCAGAUGCAGUGAGACUAUGCCAAAAUGCUGGCGUUAAGGUACGCAUGGUUACUGGAGACAAUGUUCAGACUGCAAAGGCAAUAGCAUUGGAGUGUGGUAUACUGCAUGCUGAUUCAGAUCUUAGUGAGCUUCUAAUUGAAGGGAAAGACUUCCGUGAGCUUUCUGAUAGACGCAGAGAAGAGGUUGCUGAGAAAAUCUCGGUAAUGGGACGAUCCUCUCCUAAUGAUAAGCUUCUGCUUGUGCAAGCGCUAAGGAGAAGGGGACAUGUUGUUGCUGUUACUGGAGAUGGCACUAAUGAUGCUCCUGCACUACAUGAGGCCGACAUUGGUCUUGCUAUGGGUAUUCAAGGUACUGAGGUUGCCAAAGAGAGUUCUGAUAUCAUUAUCUUGGAUGACAAUUUUGCUUCAGUUGUGAAGGUUGUCAGAUGGGGACGUUCUGUAUAUGCAAAUAUUCAGAAAUUCAUCCAAUUCCAACUCACUGUCAAUGUUGCCGCACUUGUUAUCAAUGUUGUGGCAGCGAUUUCCUCUGGUGCAGUACCACUAAAUGCUGUUCAGCUUCUUUGGGUGAAUCUUAUAAUGGAUACUCUUGGAGCACUAGCAUUGGCUACUGAACCUCCUACGAAUCAUCUGAUGGACAGACUUCCUGUUGGUCGAAGGGAACCGCUGAUAACUAAUAUAAUGUGGAGGAACUUAUUGAUUCAGGCUGUCUACCAAAUUACUGUCCUUCUUAUCCUUAAUUUCCGAGGGAAAAGUAUUCUCAAUCUGGAACAUGAUUCUACUGACCAUGCAGACAAAGUGAAGAACACACUGAUAUUCAAUACAUUUGUCCUUUGUCAAAUUUUCAAUGAAUUCAAUGCCAGGAAGCCAGAUGAAUUCAACAUAUUCAAAGGAAUUACCAAAAAUUAUCUCUUUAUGGGAAUAAUCGCAGUGACACUUGUACUUCAGAUUCUCAUUGUCGAGUUUCUGGGGAAGUUUACUACAACAGUCCGGCUUAACUGGAAGCAUUGGUUGAUUUCUGUUGUCAUCGCAUUUAUCAGUUGGCCUCUUGCUGUUGUUGGGAAGUUUAUUCCAGUGCCUGAAACUCCUUUCCACAAGUACUUCACUAGGAGUCCUCCCUUUAAGUUUAUCACCCGAAUAUUCCAUUGGCGAAGAGAGAGAGCAGAGGGUAGUCAGUAGGAAGUGUGGAGUACUAAGCAUCACGGUUUUUGUGGAAUUCCAUUUUGUUUUUGGCUGACAUGGCGAAGCAUUUUUUUCACGGAACGUCAAAUCUUCUGUUGAGUAGGUUGAUUAUAUUUGAUGAGAGAGAAGAAAGAGGCCGGUGACAAACCUUUCACUACCAGGAUGUUAGCAGCAUGGAAGUGGAACAAGUUUUACCUGAUGAUGAAUUUAGAGUGCGUGGUGCUCUGAAGCGGCAGUGCUUACUGCAUCCUGACGGCGCUGGCCAGGGGCGGAACAUGGACACGACAAUGGAGGGAGGCACUUAUGAUGAUGUCCUGGAGGAAAACAGUGACCUACAUUUUGGUUUGUUGAUGAAAGCGAGCACGGUUGAACUGGAUAAGACCGGCAGUUAUCAUCAAAAUCAGUUUUCUUCCGCAGACCGUAGAGCUGAGAUCCUAUCUCCUGUGUUGGAGGAUGCGGGCUAUGACGCGUCAACUCCGCAGUUUGCAUCUCCAAUGGAUCCUGGGAGAAAAGCAGAAAUUACGGCAGUGUAUAAAGAGAGAGGUAAUGGGCCUGCAAGAGGAAAACAAACCUGGGCCUGAGUCUGUACUUUCGGAUGCUCCCAAAACAGGAAAGCAUACUGCCUUGAGAGAUUCUGUUGUCCAUAAGCAGUCUAUUCAGCAAGGAAGUCUGGAAUCAUGUACUUCUAUGACAAUUAGCAAUCAACAAGCCGCCUGGGCCACUGAUGUUGUUUCCAAGAAAAUGUGAAGACAGGUUUUCUGGUUGGCAAGCAUUCUGGAGGGGUGGUGUUUCAUUCUGCAAAGAAGAGUUCUUAACGUGCUUCAAAUCGUUCCACCGUGAUGGGUCCGGUUUCAUUUCAUGAGAAAUGAGUGUAUUAUGUUGGAACUGCCAUAUUGGGAAUUCUUGGACAAUUAAUUCUCUUAAAGGGCUGGUUUCCCUAAAUAGUCCCGUUA